AUGCGCCGAGUUGUAGUGACGGGCCUGGGCGCGAUCUCGCCGCUGGGGGUCGGAGUGCGCGCGACGUGGCGACGACUGCUAGCAGGCGACUCAGGCAUUGUCAGCGCCAGCCAUCUCGAGCCUCAGGCAAAGUGGCGCGGCCUGACCAGCACCGCCGCCGGCCUCGUCCCCCGGGAUACCAACACCACCACCAAAAAUGAUGACGCGUGGAGGUCCGCCGACUGGCUCGACGCCACGGACCAGCGGCGCAUGUCCCAAUUCGCCCAGUAUGCCGCCGCCGCCGCCGACAUGGCCCUCGCCGACGCCAGCUGGAAGCCCACCGCUAUGGCCGACCUCGAGGCCACCGGCGUGUGUCUCGGCAGUGGCAUCGGUAGCCUCGACGACUUUUACUCGACCAGUGUGGCGUACGAGAAAGGCGGCUACAAGAAGGUGUCGCCGCUGUUCGUGCCGCGGAUCUUGAUCAACAUGGCGGCGGGCCACGUGGCGAUGCGGCACGGGUUCCGGGGGCCGAACCACGCGGCGACGACGGCGUGCACGACGGGGGCGCACUCGAUCGGCGACGCGUCGCGGUUCAUCGCCUUCGGCGACGCCGACGUUAUGGUGGCCGGCGGCGCCGAGUCGUGCAUCCAUCCGCUGACCUUUGCCGGCUUCGGCCGGUCGCGGUCGCUGUCAACGGCAUACAACGACGCGCCGCACGCCAGCUGCCGCCCCUUCGACCGCGACCGCGACGGUUUUAUUGUCGCCGAGGGCGCCGCCGUCAUGGUGCUCGAGGAGCUCGGCCACGCGCGCGCCCGCGGCGCCCGCGUGCUUGCCGAGCUGCGCGGCUAUGGGUGCAGCGGCGAUGCGUACCACAUGACGGCGCCGCGCGAGGACGGCUCGGGCGCUCUGCUGGCCAUGCGCCGCGCGCUCGCCAACGCCGCCAUCGCGCCCGCCCGCGUCGACUACAUCAACGCCCACGCCACGGGCACGCACGUCGGCGACGCCGCCGAGGCCGCCGCCAUCCGCUCACUGAUGAUGGGCGACCACGGCGUCGACGAUGAGGCCAGCGUCGCCGUCAGCAGCACCAAGGGCGCCGUGGGGCACCUGCUCGGGGCCGCUGGCGCCAUCGAGGCCCUGUUUGCCGUCCUCGCCAUAACCGAGAAUGCCCUUCCGCCCACAUUAAAUCUCCACCACCCGAGCGUGGGCCCGCGGUUCAACUUCGUGCCCCUCCAGGCGCAGGACAAGCAGGUCAAGGUGGCCAUGUCCAACAGCUUUGGCUUUGGCGGCACAAACGCGAGCCUAGUCUUUGCCGAGCUAGACUAG